GUAUUUUCUAAACAAAAGAGUUAUAUUUACAGUUUCAUUAAUAAAAGUCCUCAAAGACAAAUAAAUCUCAGGCUCCUCCUGGAUAGUGAAGUGUCCGGAGCUUUUAAGCAUUCUUGCGUCACGUCCACGACAAUCAAGAACCAGAUCCUAUGAAUAGGCUCUUCAAUGGCGUCUUCAAACUCAGAAAGGAGAUGGAUCUUCCCUCUAGCUAUGGCUUCCCUCAUGUUCAUAUUCCUCACAGCUGUAUCUUUCAACAUGGGUCUCCUCUCUUCCGUACGUUCCAUUAACUCACUCAUCUUCUCCUCAAAUAUUCUACCAACCACAAACGAAACAACCGUCACAUUCGCCGAGUCCAAGAUCAAGCAACAUCCUCCUCCUCCAGUACAGUCUAGUCCUCCUCGCUUUGGUUAUCUAGUUUCAGGGUCAAGAGGUGACUUGGAAAGCCUAUGGAGAGUUUUGAGAGCAUUGUACCAUCCGAGGAACCAAUACGUUGUUCAUCUCGAUCUCGAGUCUCCUGCUGAAGAGAGGCUUGAGCUAGCUAAACGUGUGAGGGAAGAUCCUGUUUUUAGCGACGUUGGGAAUGUUUACAUGAUCACAAAGGCUAAUCUUGUUACAUAUCGUGGACCAACUAUGGUGGCUAAUACGCUUCAUGCAUGUGCCAUUCUCUUGAAGCUGAGUAAAGAUUGGGAUUGGUUUAUAAAUCUCAGUGCCUCAGAUUAUCCUCUAGUGACUCAAGAUGAUCUUAUUCAUACAUUCGCUGGACUAGACCGGAACCUCAACUUCAUCGACCACUCUAGCAAACUUGGCUGGAAAGAAGAUAAACGAGCAAAGCCACUGAUCAUAGACCCGGGACUGUACUCAACAAAGAAGUCAGAUGUCUACUGGGUUACACCUCGUAGAACCAUGCCAACUGCAUUCAAACUAUUCACUGGUUCUGCUUGGAUGGUUUUGUCACGGUCCUUCAUAGAAUAUUGCAUUUGGGGAUGGGACAAUCUUCCACGGACUCUUCUAAUGUAUUACACCAACUUCCUCUCUACACCAGAAGGAUAUUUCCACACUGUGAUAUGCAACGCACCUGAGUAUUCAAACACGGUGGUCAACCAUGACCUGCAUUACAUCUCGUGGGACAAACCUCCCAAACAACAUCCUCGGACUCUCAACAUCAAUGACACCAAGAGGAUGAUUGCAAGCGGAGCUGCGUUUGCACGCAAGUUCAGACACAAUGAUCUCGCUCUGGACAAGAUUGAUAUAGAGCUGCUCGGUAGAGGUAACGGAAACUUCACGCCUGGUGGUUGGUGUGCAGGCGAGCCGAAAUGCUCCAGGGUUGGUGAUCCGUCGAGGAUCAAACCGGGUCCUGGUGCAAACCGGCUAGGUGCGCUUGUUAGCAGACUUAUUUGGUCAUCUAAACUGACUCAAAGGCAAUGUAGAUAAGCUCAAUGUGCUUGCAGCUUAAUGCUGUCGUUAGAGAUUUUUGUCACUAAUUUUGAAGCAAGAAUAAUAUAGCAACUCACUU